UUUCCUGUUCCACCCUCCUGGCUUUUAACUGUGAACAGACCUCAGUGUUGGGCAUCCAGCAGGACAGAGAGAUCACCUCCCUCUGGUCAGGAGUGUGUGGGUCAUACCUGGAGAGGAUAGAAUAGCUAAAAUAAAAGACUUCAGCGCAGUUUGGAAUUUUUAUUUUGGAGUUCGAUGGCAGUGAAGCAUGCAUGGCUUUCACUUCUCUCAGGAAAAGGAAAGACCUCCUCCAAAACACAAGUGUGGACCACUACUGGCUGGUCCUCCUCCCUCUGAGGGAUGAGAGGGAGUGAAUCACAGUGGAGGGCUGCUCGCUCUUCAGUCCAGCAGCGUCUGCUCAGCUGUCACGUAUGCCGAGUGACCCACGACCUCUCGCUGCUGCUUUUCUGCCCGAGAGAAGAUGGGAGUCUUAUCUAAGUGACCGGCUCCAAACGUGGAUCUGAAUUCUUUGUUUUGCAUACGGAAGUUUUAAAUCUGUCAACCUGUGCAUGACUGAGACAAUUAAAGGUUUUUACAAGCUGAGGAGCUGCAACAUGCCCAAAAUUAUAGCACAGAUCUGCCUCGGGUUAUCCAGGAGGUAAACGUGUAAAAGGAGAUGGUGCGUGUCUGAACCCACAGUGAACCAAGAUGGAGCCAAUUAAGAGAGAUAUGGAGCUGCUGAGUAACAGCAUGGCGACCUACGCUCACAUCAAAGCCAAUCCAGAGAGCUUUGCCCUCUACUUCAUGAUGGGCGUCUGCUUCGGGCUUUUCAUGGCGCUGUGCCUCCUGGUGGCCGGCAUCACUUGCAGGGCUCGCCGCCACAGAAAACCACCUCCGUCUCCAUCGAGGAGACAGCUCAAGGAGUCCAGUGAAGAGGAGGAGGAUGAGGAAGAAGAGGAGGAGAGUGUAGGAGAGGAGAGGGCGGUGGAUACGGAGAUCCCUAAAGUGACAGUGGGUCCUCUGAGUGACCGCAGCAGCCAGUCUAACGGCACUCUGAGAAGCCUGAACGUUUUCACCUCGGCCGAGGAGCUGGAGAAGGCUCGACGGCUGGAGGAGAGGGAGCGAAUCGUCAGGGAGAUCUGGAGGAACGGGCAGCCGGACAUCCUGGUUACGGGGACCGGGACGAUUGGACGAGUUCAUUACCACUAAGAGAGACUUGGACUGAGCUUUUAAAAAAACCUGUAAGGGACAACCAAUGGAGAGAAACGUGCCUUGUAUGGAGGCACAAAAAUGGACGCAAACUAAUCGCAACAUUAAAAAACUAUAUAUAUUAUUUGCCGAUUAAAGAGUUUGCAAUAACUUAACUUUUAUCAUGUAAAAUGAAAUUUAGAAGAAAAUCCACUCUACCCACAACAAAAUACUAGUAUUUUUAAAGUCCCUAAAUAAAUUGCAGUAUUACAAAAAUAAAUUUGAAUAAUAAGAGAGAAAAUAUGUAUGCAAGCUAACCAUUUAAAAAUUCAUAAAAGUUAUUUUUAAUCAGCUUUUUUUUCAUGCUUGAAGUGUUUCUCAGUCAAGAUGUAGUGGCAUUAUGAAAAAUUACAAAUGUGAAGUAAAAAUAAACAAACAAACGCACACCAAAUUAUUUUAGAGGUUUGGGGUUGCAUGUUGCGUAUCUCCUCAUAUAAUUUUUUUUAUUUCAUUAUUUUUAAUUUAUUAUGGAAAAUCGGACACUUUGGGCCUCCAUAAAUGUGGACUAUCACAGAUUUUAUGCACAAGUGUUUGUUUUUGGGGGAAGGUUGGCUUCAUGUGUAUUCAUCUUUGGAAUGUGAAUAAUUAAAGCUAAACCACUUUUUAAUAAACAAAUGGUCUUAUAGUCACUGUUUUCCAAAAUGAAGAAUAAACAAUUUUUAAAAAGAAAGAAAGAAUAAAUGAAGAAAAAUUGUUAAGAAUAUGCUGAUCUUGCUCUAUCUGCACAUUUCAAGUUAAUAAGUCAAAGCUGAUAUAAAACCCCAAAAUGACGAUGGCAAAAAACAUUUCUUUAUGUGGUAGAAACAAGCUUCCAUAUCACAAUGAUGUGAAAUAAGGGAGAUUAAAAAAACAUAGUCAGUAUAAAAGAAGGCCUCUGAUUUUCCCACACAUUAUGAAGCUUCAAUCAGUUUUGGGAUCGUCAGUACCCCACAGCAUCCACACUAUUAGUCACAUACAGUAAGCUGUUAAAAUGCCACAAAACACUCCAACAGCACACACACAUCGAAGAGUUUAUUGAUUUAAACUCAGUUAUCUAGACAGAUGAUUGUAAGAAAAAUACAAUUAAAUCCAGUCUAUUCAUGAUUAUUAUAAAGGAGAAAAUCCACAGAGGCUACCAGGCUUUUCAGCUCUGGGGUUGCUUCAUGCUAGGCUGUGGCCCCUGUAGUGGGCAAUGAUGGUACUGCAGGUUGGUCUUGAGAACCCAUUAACUACAUAUAUAUAGAUAUAGAUAUAUUAGUGGUACCUUCUGAAUUCUUACAUGACUAUAGGAUGAGUCUAUGCAGGCUCUUAGUAAUCCCAGGUCAUGUUAGACUACAUCCUUAAGCUAAAGGUAUCUGGACUUCUUGGUUUGUGAAGAUGUUUUAUGUUUAGUCUAAGACGCUUCUUCACUUGUAAAGCAACUGAUUGAGACUAUUGGAGACUUAGAGACGGUCCCAAGGGUUUUUGACCCACUAGUAAUCAUAUGGGUCGUUACGGGUCACCAUCAUGCGAGUUGUUGAGAUCAGAUGGGUCAAGGUUGAAAUGGGGGCUAAUCUGCCUGGGACUGCAUUAAAGGGAACUGAUAGCUGGUGUUUUAGGAUAAGAUGCACAUAUAAGAUGAAUCAGAAGAUAAUCCUUUUGGGUUAAUUCUAAUGAGAAUGAACUAUAAGUAAAAUCAGCCAAAAGUCACUUCUAAAAACGUAGCUUCUCACACACCUCUAAAGAACUCGUCUUUAGACAUUCGAAACCUUUCGAGCCCAUUUCCCUGCCUCCCAGUUUGAGCAACAGCACCUUCUCUCUGGUAAAGACGUGUCUGUUUGGAGGUAUGAAUAAAACCAUUUAGCUCUAAAAUACUGUAGGUUUUACCAAUGCAGACGGUCUCAGAGUGGAUCCCAGUAAACUCCCAGGAGAUCCGUUCGUUUUUUGCUGGCUGAAUUUCUCUCGUGCGCCAUGAAAAGGUCGAUUAUGCUACAGCAGGGGAGUUUGUGUCCCGUGUCUGUCAGCUGUCAUGUUUUAAGUGGCACUGCCUGAACUGGAGAUUGUUUUAGGAUGGGGGGGAAAACUGCUUUCCACAAGCUGGCAACUGGUACUCAUUUAGGUCUUUUCUUCAUCCUUUUACGUUGAUGACAUUCAAAUCUAUUGUCAACUGACUGAUGAUUUGGCAGCACCACUGAACUCUCUGUACGAUUGCCUGAGAGAGGUUAAAGAUUGGCUGGCAGAAAAUUCUCUCGUUUUAAAUGAGAAAAACACUAAAAGUUAUGGUGUUCGACAGCCACAUUCCUCGAGACCAGCUUGUUGCUCUGCUGGGGCCCCUUGCUAACUCUCUCUCUGAUUAUAUGCGUAACCUGGGUGUCUAUUUGGAUAGCUCCUUUAAGCUCGAUAAGCAAGUAUCAUCUGUAGUUAAAUCUGUUUGUUUUUUUUCCAACUGCGCCAGAUUUCUAAAGCUAAGCAUUAUAUACCACACAGGGACCUGGAAAAACGUAUCCGUGCUUUUGUGACCUCCAGGUUAGAUUAUUGUAAUUCUCUCUACUGUGGUUUGCAAGCCGCCUCUCUUCAAAGGCUGCAACUCGUUCAGAAUGCUGCGGCUCGCCUUCUUACUGGCACUAGAAAAUUUGACCCUAUUACUCCGGCUCUUGUUGAUCUACACUGGUUACCAAUCAAAUAUCGCAUUGAGUUUAAAAUCUUGCUACUCACUUUUAAAAUCCUGAAUAACAUUGCGCCCAGCUACCUCACUGACCUCCUCAAUUUGUACACUCCUUGUCGUGCAUUAAGAUCAUCAGGUCGAUUACUCCUGGCCCAACCUAAGUUUAGACUGAAGACCAGAGGCGAUCGUGCCUUUGCUUCAGCUGCACCCAACCUUUGGAAUAGCCUCCCUGCUUCUAUUCGAGCCUUGGACUCUAUCCAAUCCUUUAAAUCAAGAUUAAAAGCAUAUCUAUUUGACUUGGCUUUCCCGACCAGUUAAUACCCUUUUAAAUCUUUUAAAUUUUAAACCUUUUAUUAGAUUUUAUUAAAUUUAUUAUUUUUACUGCUGUUUUUGUCCUCUUAGCAUAUUUUGUAUUUAUCUAACUCUCCUGGUCUGUUAGUGCCUCUAUCCUGUCUGUGCUUGUGCCCGAUUUGUACCCUGUUAUUGACUUAUGUUGACUCUCCAUAUUACUGUGAAGCACUUUGGUGUGCCUUCGGGUUUUUAAAUGUGCUAUAUAAAUAAAAUUGUAUUGUAAUUGUAUUGUAUUUUACUGAUUUUGAGCAUUUCCCAUCCAUUUCAGGUUUUUAUCCUAAUACACAGUAAGCAAUUUUUUGUGGAUGUUUGUGUUAAUGGCAGUUUAAAGACAUUUUCUUGCUCUGAGGCUGAUGCGCAGAGAGAAGGUGGAACCGUUUCAUUAGAUAUUAUAAAAACAGCCUACUAAAGUACCUGUUAAAGCUGCAACACAACACUUUUUUUUGUCAAAACUUGUAUCAAAUCAUAGCCACAAACGUCACUUUCUUUUUAGUACACAUAACUCUCUUAUAAAUCGAUGUAUUUUGUGCCCUCGUCUCCAUUUACUGAAAAACAUUUUUAAGACAAGAUUUCUACUGUCAGGUCUUUUCCUUCUGGUCCUGUCCUAGAUCUGUCACUGAGAGCUCCCUUGUCACAAGGGUCACCACAAAAAAAUACAUUUGCUCUUUGGUGCGUUCCAUAGUUUCACCCUCACUCUUCAGGAGCUGACCCACUCUCACCACUAGAUGGCGCCAUCUCAUUCUUCUCGUUUAGUUGCUGAAAACAAUUUACUCUGCAAAUUAUACUGUGGUGCUAAUUUCCAGGCAAAAAUAAACAGCACUCAAUGAGCUCAGAAAUCUUGCAUCCUAAUUUUAAAAUUAUAAUAAACAUAUUUACGCAAAAAAUAUAUAUAUCAGAUGAGAUUUAGUCUUAACCGCUGUUAGUUACCAUCGAUAACGACGGGGGUGGGACGGGUUAAAAGUGUUCAUGAAAAAUGAGAAGCUUUAUAAUGUCAUUUGAGACUUUUUGCAGUUUUUAAUUGAUGUCUCUUUUAGAUUGAUUACUGUACUGCUUUUAGAGUUAGCUGCGUGUGAAUAAUACUUAUAGUUUUUAAUUAAAUGCACAGCAAUUACAAGAAUUUAUUAGCACAGAGGCAUGAAAAUAUGCAAAAAUCUUAACAUGUUUUUAGAUGUCGAUAAAUAACUCUAGGAUAAUACACU